UUUUCUGUCUCUGCGACAGCAUAAAAGAGUCAUUAUUGUUUUCAAUUUCUGUCCUAGUGAGACAAACCUGAAAGUCCGUCAGGCUCUGACCGUCACCUCAGAACUGGGAGAUAUUUCAAAACUAACGGACUUUGAUGGUGAGGUGACUCCUGAAAAUUUUUCUUGCUUUUAAAUAUUCUAUAAUGAAACUCUUGACUAUUUCAUUAUGAGGCUACUCAUGAUUGAUAAUACGUUGUAAUAGUUACCUGCUACCAAAAUAGAAGACUACCAAUGGUUUGAUAUUCUCAUCAGUGUUCAGUCCCCUUUGGAGACCCGCAUCCACUGAAAAAUGAGAAUGAAAAUGGGAACAUCAUCCUGAAUGACACUUAAAAACAAAGUGAAUUCAAAUUUUGAUAUAGUCAGCCAUAAUUAUGAGAUGAAAAGUCAAAUUUAUGAGAUGAAAAUAAUUAAAGGAAAAAAUAUUGUAAUAAUGAGAUGUAAUGUCAAAAUGAUAGAAAACUAUAUAAUAUUCAUGAGAUAGAAAGUCUUAAUUAUAGGACAAAAAGUCAUAAUUAUAAGAUGGAUUGCUAAAGUCAUGAGAUCAGAAGUCAUAGUUAUGAAAUAAAAAGUCAUGAAUAUGAGAUAAAAGUACAUCAAGGUAGAUUACUACUGAGAGAUAAAGAGUCAUAAUUAAGUGUAGAUGAAGUUAUUACUUUUUUAUUAUAGUAAAGUUCUACAAUCAUAAGUAUGUGAUACAAAAUUUAUAACAAUUAGAUUAAACUCUCUCAAGUAUCUCUUGUAGAUUUGACUUUUGUCUUAUAAUUCUGACUCUUUCUUCCAAUUAAUAUACUACUAUGAUCACUAUUUUUACAUUUUGGAUUUUAUUUUCCCAGAUUGGCUAAGUCACUUUUUUUAAAUCUAAUUGUAGAAAAGUACUUCCAAAGUCUCCGUCUAGUUUUAAAAACUAAAAAUGAAAAAUUGUGAUGGCCAUAUUGCAGAAACCCAGUACAAAACAGGGUUUACCAACCUCUCGUAGUGGUGAGGUGGUUUGGCCUAUUUUUCUGUUCUCUAUUACUGAAUUACAUAACCACAGCCCACCGUGACAUAAAAGACUAGGUGCAGUUUUAACAUUGCAUCAUUUUGCAAUAUUAUAAUUGCUGAAGAUAUCCUCUCAGACCCCUCAGAUUUCUACAAGAGGUAUAUUGACUUGUGUAUCUCUUAGGCAUUGUCCACUAUAAUGAUGUCUUUAUUUUGAAAGGAUUUUCUGCAGAAUGAACUCAUCUCAAUAAAUAAAUGAAUAAUACAUCUGAUGUUUUCCAUUAGGAGAAGUUAUCUGUGAACCCCCAAACAACAAGCUGGAUAAAUUUACAGGAACUUUACUCUGGAGAAACAACAAGUACCCUCUGGAUAAUGACAAAAUGCUGCUGAGAGGCUGUGUGCUCAGAAACACUGAUUGGUGCUUUGGAUUGGUCAUCUUUGCUGGUAGGAGUGUUUUUUUUUUCACCUGUUUAUAACGCUUUCCUCUGACCAGCAUAUAAACACUCUUGAUACCCAUUCUCUGGCAGGUUUGCAAACCAAACUGAUGCUGAACUGUGGAAAGACUACGUUUAAAAGAACAAGUAUUGACAAGCUCAUGAACACAUUGGUUCUGUGGGUAAGACACACAUGUAAGAUACUUUGGUGGAGGAUGCUUCAAUAUGAAAUAUUAUGAGAUCAUUAUACAUUCCUUUGAACACAUUUUAAGUGGUCAUCUAUUGUAUAUUUCAGAUCUUUGCCUUCCUCAUUGGUUUGGGGGUCAUUUUGGCCAUUGGUAACACCAUCUGGGAGAGCUGGGUCGGCAGGAACUUUCAGGUGUUUCUGCAGCGGGAUGAGAUUCGGAGCAGUGCUGUCUUCUCUGGGUUCCUCACCUUUUGGUCCUACAUCAUCGUCCUUAAUACUGUGGUGCCCAUCUCCCUGUAUGUCAGGUAAACACAAACACAGACAUGCUGAAUUCAAAGAUACUGCCAAACCUUUUCUAAAAACAGCUUUCAAGUUGCCCCAUUAAGGUUGAGAUGUCCUAUGAGAGCUCUAUCAAUGACAUGCCUUUGGGAGUCAUGUAAUACAAUAAAGUUGUGUUUGAAUCUUCUUCCAGUGUGGAGGUUCUAAGACUCGGCCACAGUUACUUCAUAAACUGGGAUCAGAAGAUGUACUUUAGGCAGGCCGACACAGCAGCUGAGGCUCGCACCACCUCCCUGAACGAGGAGCUGGGCCAGGUGGAGUUCAUCUUCUCAGACAAGACAGGGACCCUCACCCAGAAUGUCAUGGUGUUUAGAAAGUGCUCCAUAAAUGGACACACAUAUGGUAUGCAGAUUGAUUCUUUGAAUUGACUCUUUGAAUACUAUGAGACUCUUAUUGUGCUUUUUUUAAUCAUUUUGGCAUCUAUGGUACUUUGGCACUGCAGGUAGACAAUGGAUAGAACAGGAAACAGGGAAGAGAACGAAGAAAGAAAUGCAGGAACAGGUGCCACAGGGUGGAAUAGAACCUGGGCCGCCUGCUAUCUGCACCCUGAAAUAGGAUAUCAAUUGCAGUAGUUGAUGCAAAGUUCAGUAAGAAUGUCAGCUAAAUAGUGAGGUAAUGGUAUUACUAACAGUAGUCAAUGGCAGUAAAAAUUAGAGGCAGUAAAAACUUUUAUUGCACCUGAUAAUGAAUGUAAGAUAGCAAACAAUAUGAAGUGAUUAAUGAUUGUGAUGAGAAAAGGAUACUGCAAAUGAUAGUGAAAGUGCUCCUCGUGCUGAGAGCAUCCUUGACUGAUUAGUUAUACUGCACACAGUCUUUCAUAUUUAGCAUUAUGCUUUUAUGGUGCAAAAGCCUGCUGUUCCUUGAAUGCCCCCUUGAGGCUGGCUGCAAAAGCAAACUAAUCCCUUUUUGAUCCCAUGUAAAAAAAAGUCAAUAUCAAAAUUAAACACAUUUACAGUCUGGUUCAAGAAAACUUUUAGAUAUGUAGCUCAAUUAUUUAUUCAUGCACUCCAGACUUCAUUGAGAUCAUAUAAAGGCUCAAAUUUCAACACAAAUUUGCAUUACUAGGGGAACCACAAAGUGGACUGAGUCAUUACUCAAUCAUGUGUCUGCCAUGUUUUAGGACCCCUCUAAACUUGUACUUUUUCUCUCAAAGGUGAUGUCUAUGAUGAGUAUGACCAGAAGGUGGAAAUCACAGAGGUUAGUGAGUCCAUAUAAACAUCAAUGCUAUGAUCUAAGACUAAAAUUAUUGAUAAUAUAACGUUUUUGUGGAUGUGUGUGUCUUCAGAAAAUAGCCUGUGUGGAUUUUUCCUUCAACCCUCUCUGUGACAGAAGAUUCAAGUUUUACGACAGCACCCUACUUGAAGCCAUUAAACUGGAGCACCAUGCUGUGCACGAGUUUUUCAGACUGCUGGCUCUGUGUCACACUGUCAUGCCUGAAGAGAAGAGUGAAGGUAAGAUAUUCAUACAAACCAUCCACUGUAGCAGGAUUAGUGUCAGAUAGUUCUGACUGAUGUUUCUGUCAAUGUGAAGGGAACCUGGUGUACCAAGCCCAGUCUCCUGACGAAGGAGCGCUGGUCACUGCUGCAAGAAACUUUGGGUUUGUCUUCAAGGCUCGAACCCCAGAGAGCAUCACGCUGUGUGAGAUGGGACGGGCUGUCACUUACAAGCUGCUAGCCAUACUGGACUUCAACAACGUGCGCAAGAGAAUGAGUGUCAUUGGUUAGGGCUUCACUUAUAACAGAAAAGCUCAUGAGCAACCAUUAUGUCUCUCUUAAUACAAUAACAGCAUGAUUAAAAAACAAUGUUUGUUUGUUUGUUCCAUAUUCAAGCCUUGCAUGUGAUUUGUGUGAAAUCAAUCAUUGUUGUGUUUGCAGCCUAUGAUCCAUGAUUCUUUUUUAAAUGUAAAAUAACAGGAUAUAAUCAAACAAGGUAUAUUUUCUUGUGUGUGUUUCCUAGUGAGAAAUCCAGAGGGUAAGAUUAGACUCUACUGCAAAGGAGCAGACACCAUCAUAUUUGAGCGCCUGGAUCCAUCCACUGAGGACCUCAUGUCUUCUACAUCAGAGCAUCUCAAUGUGAGGUUUAUUGUAGUCCUUACUUCUACUCAGUUACUGGAUUUUUAAAGAAGAGUCCAUAAUAUGUCUCCUUCAGCAGCUCCAUUCAAAUCAGUAGUGACUUUAGUGACUUUAGCUUGCAUGAGUUUAACUGCUUUUAUUAAACAACAUGUUUUAAAGCUCCCAUGAGAAACUUUUUGUUUGUGUCAUUUUGCUGCCCCCUUGUGUACAAAACAGGCUUUAUUUAUCUGUUUUAAGCAGUGAUAAGCAAUAGCUUAUGAAAAAAAAAUCUAAUCCUACUGACUUUUGAUGGUCAAGUGUAUCAUUCAUCAGGAAUAUUUAUGAAAUUGUAAAAACAGGUCUGUUCCUUUUACAGCCUGACUGACACAGGCAUUAAAAAUUAUUAUAUAAGAAUCAUCAGUACGGUUGCUGAUGGUCUUGUUUGCUUUUGGAUAUCAUGAAAAGGCAUCAAUAUGAAUUCAAAAUGUAAACUUCAAUGGAAAAUUAAAUAUAGCUGUUGGAUAUCUUCUAUUUAGACAUAUUAUCUGAGCCCAGAGCCCUUUAUUUUGCAUUACAAAUCUGUUUGUCGUUGUUGUUCGAUCAUUAUCACUGCAGGAAUUUGCUGGUGAAGGGCUCCGAACUUUAGCUCUGGCCUACAAAGAUCUUGAUGAGGAUUUUUUUGACAUUUGGAUGAAGAAACUUUUGUUUGCCAGCACUGUAAUGGAGAACCGGGAUGAACAGCUGGCCAUGCUGUAUGAGGAGAUCGAGCAAGGCAUGAAGGUAACUCUGACAACCUUUCUGAUAGCAUGCUCCAAGUGCCUCAGGUAACAGGCUGAACAUUGUGCUUGUUGAAGCUUCUCGGAGCCACAGCCAUCGAGGACAAACUCCAGGAAGGCGUCCCUGAAACUAUUGCCCGGCUAAAUCUGGCUGAUAUCAAGAUCUGGGUCCUCACCGGAGACAAACUAGGUAGCAGACAGCCAGGAUUAAAAAAAUAAAGGAAAAGCAAAACAUAUUGAAUAAGUUUAAGCAAAAAAAAUGUUUUUUAUGCCAAACAUUUCAGAGACAGCAAUGAACAUUGGCUACUCCUGCAAUAUGCUGCGAGACGACAUGAAUGAAGUGUUUGUUAUCUCUGGAAACACACUGCUGGAGGUGCAGCAGCAGCUCAGGUGAUCAUUGUUUCGACUCUGCAAACCUCAGUGUCUAUGAGUAAAAGAGUUCAGUAUGAUAAAAGGCAAUAUGAAGCGUUUUUAACAUAUUUUAAACUGUUUCUCCUUCAUCUCCAGGAGUGCUAAUGAGCAUAUUCUUACCCUGAGCCGAGUUCAUGGGGAAAAGACAGAUAGAUCUGCAGAUGAUUCUUUAUUUGAAGAGACCAUUAUUGCAGAGUACGCCUUAGUCAUCAACGGACACAGUCUGGUAAGAUGUUCAGAGUAUGUUCCUGAUAAUUCAGUCCUGCGUUGUGCUUGUUUUGCAUUUUGCACCAGUGCUUGCCUGCAGGAUUUACUUUGUUAAACGGUGGGUGUGUUGCUGUCUGCUGACUCUGCUGACUUUCUAAUGAGCACAGAGCUGCUGAGGACCCUGAGAUCUAUUACACGUAUUCAUUAGCAUCUAUUUCCUCACUGAUGAAUUGCUCUGUCCCUCGGAGGUAAAGCACAACAGCUCAGUGGAGAUGCUACAAUCUGCUGUUGUUUGGUGUUUCCUCUGCAGGUAGUUGACAUUUUAUAAUGAAAGAUCUGAACUGGUAUGAUGUCUGUAUUCUCCCUGUAGGCUCAUGCUCUGGAGCCACAGCUGGAGCAUGUUUUGUUGGAGUUGGCCUGUUUGUGUAAAACAGUGAUUUGCUGCCGGGUCACUCCGCUGCAGAAGGCUCAGGUGGUGGAGCUGGUUAAGAGACACAAGAGGGCCGUCACUCUGGCCAUUGGAGAUGGAGCCAACGAUGUCAGCAUGAUUAAAAGUAGGUCUCAGGAUGAAUUAUACAUAUAAGUUUGAUCAUUUUUCAACUCUUUUGAAGAUGAUUAAAAGAUUCAGUUGCAAAGAAUCUAUUAGGAUGAAGAAUUGUGGGUUUUUUUCCCUCCUCCGGGGCUGAAAUUGCUUCACAUGAUGUUUUCCUGGAGGCCUUGACAGCAGGAGGGGUGCUCUUUAACUGCUGACCCUGACCUUUCUGCCAAGAUAUAAGAAAACAAUAUCUUUUUGAAUCCAUCAAACACUGUUUUUAGGGAAAAUUUAAUGUGAAUUCAUGAAACAUAAAGAACUUAUAUAAAAUAUUAUCUUGCCUGUGAACAUGUGCCUGCAUGUUUGGUAGAACCACAAUUGUGGUUUAACAAUAAAAAAAACAAUUCUUGUGAUCCCUCUUUAGUCAAACUAUAUAUUUUAUUUUUGUUGACUUAAAGAGACACCAAGUGGCAGAAAUAACAACCUGCAGCAGUAAUUUAAGAUCAAAUUAAAAACAUCAACAAACCAAUAUCACACUGACAUUUGGAUCACAUGUGGGCUUGUAAUGUGCUGAAUAUCUAAACAAAUACUCAUAAAUCAUUCAUUUAUUAGCCUCAAAAGACCAUGAUGACUCUAUUCUCCUCCUCAGCUGCCCACAUUGGUGUUGGUAUCAGCGGUCAGGAGGGGAUGCAGGCUGUCUUAUCCUCUGAUUACUCCUUCGCUCAGUUUCGGUACCUGCAGCGGCUCCUGUUGGUUCACGGACGCUGGUCCUACUUCCGCAUGUGUAACUUUCUGUGUUACUUCUUCUACAAGAAUUUUGCCUUCACACUGGUUCACUUCUGGUACGGCUUCUUCUGUGGUUUCUCAGCUCAGGUGAGUAAACUGAUUAUUUUUGCAGGUUGUUUUACAUGAAAUAGGAUGUUUAUCAUUUUUUUGUCGUUGUUGAUGAUACUGUAUUUGAAAAGCCUCAUUAAGAAACAAAAACAUUUUACACAUUUUUAAGCACAACCCUUCUCUUUCUACAGACUGUGUAUGACCAGUGGUUUAUUACGCUCUUCAACAUUGUGUAUACUUCUCUACCAGUCCUGGCGAUGGGAUUAUUUGACCAGGUACAGGUGUUUGAUAUGUUACAAUAAUAAAAUAAGUGACUCAAAGUUUUCGGGUAAUAUCAAAUAAUCUGUCUUCAUUUCUUAUUUUAGAAAGGUCCAUUUGUUUCCAAUUUAAACAUCUUUUACUGUCUUUUUUGUUUUUCUUUGGGGGAAUAUCUUGUUUAGUAGACCCAUGUUGAGUCAUAAUAAACAAACACUAUGUCCAACCUUAUAUUAGGUACCUCACAACAUUAUUGAAUUUAAAAUCUGCCACACAGCUACCAUUAAGCAUCUUUCCAUGAGAGCAUAUCACAUUAAACACUCAUAGCAUCUCUGUGUCUGACAGGACGUGGAUGACCAGAACAGCCUUCGUUACCCAGGCCUGUACAAACUCGGCCAACAGAACCUCCUUUUUAACAAACGCCAGUUUUUCCUGUGCACACUGCAGGGGCUGGGAACAUCCUCCCUGCUCUUUUUCAUUCCCUAUGGAGCUUUCUCUGUCAUGGUCAAAGAGGAUGGCUCUCACUUUACUGACCAACAAACAUUUGCUGUCACCAUAGCAACGUCCUUGGUCAUUGUUGUAAGUGUUCAGGUAAGAGAGAGAAACAUAAACAGCCCUGUUGAUUAGAAAUGUUACCUCUAAACUCGUGAUUUUUGAUGCUUGUUUCUGUUUGUAGAUUGGACUGGACAAACACUACUGGACAGCUGUCAAUCACCUCUUUAUCUGGGGCAGCUUAACUAUAUAUUUCGCCUUGUUAUUUGCAAUGCAAAGUGACGGCAUGUUUGGUCUCCUUCCAGGACACUUUUCAUUUAUAGGUGAGUUUUACUCAGCUGGAUGUAAAAACAAAAAUAGGACAAAGAAAUUAGAGAUACUGAUUUUAAUUUUUUUUUUCAGGCACAGCUCGUAACAGUCUGUCAGAGGCGAGUGUGUGGUUGGUUAUUCUGCUCACCUCUGUGGUCUGUGUUGUACCUGGCUUAGUGGUCAGCUUCCUGAGGGUAAACCUCUUCCCAACUCUGACAGAUAAGGUACGAGAACUCCCCGCAUAAAUGAUUCAUUAAAAGUUUUAUCAUCUACAGCUACAGUUUUGAAGGAUUUACUCAUUAAUACAAAAGCACUUAAAAAACUGUAAAAAUCACAGUUUGCAAAGAUAUCUUUAUCACUUAGUUACUGCAGUCUAAAAAUGUCCCUCAAACCCUCUCAAAAUCAUGCAAUUUGCAAAAAAUAAAAAGUUAAAAUAAAGAAAAAUUAAAUAUAGAAUUGGGUUCUUUUGGCGUGGCAUUGACUUUCCUUUUGUUCACAUUUAGCAUCUUAUAAUCUCCAAGAUUCAUUUUUCACUUUGAAGGCGCCCAAAACGUGUCGCAGAAGCCUGUUUAGCCAUCUAUACAUCCUCAGCAGCAACUUAACAAUGCCAUAUCUGAUCAUUUAUGGGUCACAGGGGGCAUUUUAGGCAGAAAGAGCUCCUUCACAUACUUAUUGUUUUGUUGUUGAUGUCACUUGUGCACUAGAGCUUAUGUAGGAUAUAUGUAGGAUGGAGUAUUUUUUCAUUGUGGUGUUGGUGCUGUUGUGCAAAUAAAGGAUCAAGGGACUUCUACCAACCCUGCUGUUUUCGUACAGGUUCGACAUCUGCAGCAGUCUAGAAAGAAGGAAGGAGCUUACGAGCAGAACCUGAAGCGAGUUCGCAGGACAAGCUCGCGACGCUCUGCAUACGCGUUCUCCCACCAGCAGGGCUACGGAGAGCUGAUCACCUCAGGUAAAAACAUGAGAGUGGGAUCUCUGUCUUCUGCUCGCUCUCCUGUGAGGACUCCACACAGCCCCACCUGGAUAGAAAAUGUGUUCAAGAGCAAAAAUGAAGUCUUUUGCAUCUCUGAUGAAAACCCAGGAGCACCAGAAAGCAGAGAAAAAGCAGAGACAGAGACACACAGACUGAAAAACAACAGCACUCAGACUCAGCUUGACCUUUAACUUAGAGGUACAGGACAGACUGUAGGACACCGUACGCUUGGAUCUCCAGACAAAGUACAGAUUUGAGUUAUUUAUGUUCAAAUCCUGAGAUAGGAGAAUACCUCAGACAUUGCUGCUCAUGUGAAGUCUGUUAAAUGAUGAAGGCCAAUCAAA